AUGACCGGACACCACUGCUGGGGAUACGGACAGGAUGAUGGGCCUUCUGAGUGGUACAAAUCAUAUCCCAUUGCCCAGGGACAUCGUCAGUCACCUGUUGAUAUAGUCUCCAUGCAAGCAGUUUAUGAUCCUAGUCUGAAGCCUCUUAUUAUCUCAUAUGAAUCGUGUACAUCUCUUGAAAUCUCCAACAAUGGCCACUCAGUCAUGGUGGACUUUGAAGAUUCUGAUGACAAGACAGUGAUCAAUGGGGGGCCCCUUGAAGGUCCCUAUAGGCUAAAGCAGUUUCAUUUUCAUUGGGGAAUGAAGCACAGUCAGGGAUCAGAGCACACAGUUGACAGCAAAUCUUUUCCUUCUGAGCUCCACUUGGUUCAUUGGAAUGCCAGGAAAUAUGCAACAUUUGGAGAAGCAGCAGCAGCUCCAGAUGGCUUGGCAGUAGUUGGUAUUUUCUUGGAGACUGGAGAAGAACAUGCCAAUAUGAACAGACUAACUGAUGCCUUGUAUAUGGUAAAAUUUAAAGGGACAAAAGCUCAGUUCAGAACCUUCAACCCAAAAUGCCUCCUGCCCUCAAGUCUAAAUUACUGGACAUAUCCUGGUUCUCUAACAACACCUCCUCUAUAUGAGAGUGUAACGUGGAUAGUGCUGAAAGAGCCUGUCAGGAUUUCUGAGAAACAGCUGGAGAAAUUCCGAACUCUUCUCUUCACCAGCGAGGGAGUUGAAAGGAUACAGAUGGUGAAUAAUUUUCGCCCCCCUCAGCCUCUUAAGGGAAGAAUAAUUCGUGCUUCCUUCAAGGCCUAA